CGCCGUAGCGCGGCCGGCGGAGCAUGGCGCUGGGCUCGGAGGCGCUGCGGGAGCGGCCGGUGCAGCUGGCGCUGGUGCUGGCCUUCGCCUCGGGCGUGCUGGUGGGCUGGCAGGCCCAGCGCAUGCGCAGGCGCUUCCUGGCCUGGAGGAAGCGGCGGCUGCAGGGGCUGCUGGAGGCCACGCAGAAGAAGCUGGACGUGGCCUGAGCGGGCUGCGGCGGGGCCGUGACCUUGGGCGGCCCCGUCCCGGGCGGAGCGGCGCCCUGGGUCCCGGCCACGCCCCGGGUGCGAUCGGCCCCGCUGGGCCUCACCCGUGUCAGGGCCCGAGCCAGCCUUAUACAGAUGAAAGCUGACAACUGAAUGAAAAUAAAUGGACUCCUGCUGCAUUUGUAUCUAAACACAGUUUAAAAGAUGGACUUUAAAAACAAAUGUUUUGAAAAGCAACCAUAUUCUAAAAAAGAAGGCAUCUGUGGUAUCAUACAAUCUCAUUUGCCCAAACUGACAUCAGUAAAAAUUAUCUUCACAUGUAUCAGAAUAACCUAUCCUCCAAAAUGUUAUGGGGUGAACUUAAUUAAUUCAUAUGUAUUAUGACUGUGCAAACCUGUCACAUUAUGUUUUUAAGGGAUGUUUGUGUCUGUUUUGCUUUGUGAUUCUUAAGGCUCGUCCGGAGCUACAUUUGACCCCUUACAUUGUAAUAAAUUAAACUAAAAAUUAUAUAAUUUAAUUACUUACUAGUAAUUUGUAAUAAAGUAUCUGUUAAGUGGGGAGUGAAAACAUGUAAAGAUUCUGACCUUAAACAUUUUAGAACUUUGAAAGUAUACAACCCAAAAGGGUCGGUCAAAAAGAUUAAGGCAAAAGCAUACUAGUGUACACUGAUAAGAUAAAUUCGUAUAUUAAAUCAAUAAUGCUGGGGUUCUUGUCAGAAUUCUCUAUUUUUGCUGAAUUUCAAUGUCUAGGUCUCUUACCAACUCCAUAACUAAGAAUACAUCAGCCCUUUCUACGCCACGGCAUCACUUCCAGCAAAGAUGCUGGACAUCAUGAAUUAAAAUCCUUGGGACUUCCUUUUUCAUUAAUUUUGCUGGGCCUCAUGCUACAUAUAUGUCAGCCAUCCCUAUCUUGCUGUUACUUCCAUGCAUACGUGCACAGCUUUCCCCUCCAAAAAUAAAUCUCCUAAUCAACACAUAUUUAAAGUGUUUCUAUCUUGUUCUCCUUUUAUGUUAUAGGCAGAUGCCAACCCCACAUUGUGCCAAAAUAGUUAAAAGCUAUGUAGGUUCAGAAUUCAUUCCCUGCCCUUAGCUUUGACUUUAUUAAAAAGCUAAUGCAAAAAGAGGAAAAAGCCCAAACAGAUUCUGCCCAUGCCUUCUUCCCAGGCUUGGCGAGGCUUAGACCAUUGAUUCCCAAACUGUUUACUAAGGUGACCCACCGGCUGCAUUUUGUCUUCUUUUUUGCAACCCACCCUUACAUAUAUGCACCCUCUGUCCUUGCACUGCAAUGUGAAUCCCGGCCCAGUGCAGAGGGGAAGCCGGGGCAAGGGGGGUUGGAGAGCGGCUCUAGUUCUGCGGCACUAGGCUUAGCUCUAGCUCUAGCUCUCUGCUCCAGGUGUUACAACCUGGUACACAGCGUGUCAGCACCACUCAGGUUUGGAGGGCUGCCAGUGGCUCUGCGACCCCAUGUGUCUGGUUGCAAUCCCCAGACUGGGGAGCCAGGCCCAGCCGCCCAGGACAGAAGCCACCACUGUGGGAUGAGUGUGGGACAGCCUCACUCUCCAGUCCCCUCCUCUCUGCACCUGGCUGGUAAAGUGUAUGUUUGCCUAGUUCAAGGCCCAGUGAUGAGUAAACCUGGUCCUGGACACAGUGAUCCAUAUAGAAUCUUCCUGAGACCCACCAUUUGGGAAACACUGGCUUAGAUUCCCCUGAUCAGGGGGCCACUCUCACUUCACUUAUACCCAGAAUUAGUCACAAUGAAUAAAAAGGUUUUUAACUAACAUCUUCUGUCAGAGUUCCCAUGCCUUCUAACAUAGGGGGUCAACGAACCCAGCUGCUGUGUAACAAUGCCAUUCAGAAUCUUGAAAUAUUGACUUACCCAAGUUGGAAAUCUUGUGUCCUUAUAGCUGAGAUGUAGCUUGGUUACAGAAGUUUUUUGUGUAAUGCUGUAUCAGUCUGAUUUAGUGGUGAUAUGGCAUACACUUGUGGGCAUCCUGUGCAAAAUGGAGCUGAGGUCAGGUAUUUUAAUGUCAUUCAUUGCAAGACAUGGUUCAGGUGCUAGCUCAAACUUUGCACUUACUGACAUGUUAAAAUAUAAUUGUACUUAUAUUUAGUAAUAAAAAAAUCCUGGGUGCUUUAA